UUUUUGUGUUUUUAAACAUAAAAGAGAAACAGAUUUGUCAAAAAGAAAAAAUGUCUGAUUCUGAUAAGAUAAUGGAACCUCUGGAAUCAGCUGAACCAAAUGAGUCUUAUAGUGAGGCUCAGGAGGAAAACGCUGAGGAGGCUGACCUCCCAAUUUUGGUUGAGGACUCAGAUGAGGAAGGGGAGCCCAUGGAAAUGGAGGAUGCAAAGGGAGAUUUGAAGUCUGGGCCAACUGAAAAGUCAGCCCUUUCUGAUAGUCCACCUUCAGUGAUCUUGCCAAAAUCGGCAGCGGACCUGGCCAAGAAGCUGGCUUCU